AUGUCACCACAGCUGAUGGAUCGCGUCAACGCCUCCGAGUACCUCAUUAAAGACAUCUUCAAGCGCUACGCGCCUUCCGAGAUCGGAGUUGCGUUUAACGGCGGGAAGGACAGCGUGGUGAUGUUCGAGUUGCUUCGUAGAGCUGUGACAGCACCGGUGCUGGCGCAGUGCUGCAUCUUUGUGGUCGAACACAAUGAUGAGUUUGACGAGCUGCGCAAGUUUCGCGCGUGGUACAUGCAGGAGGUUGCGCGAGGUAUGCCGCUAGUGCACCAGGAUGUGACGCAGGACAUGCAACUCAGCCUGUGGAAGCUCACGGAGAAACACCCCCUCAAGGUGGUGUUCAUGGGCACGCGUAAGACGGACCCACACGGCCGCUAUCAGAAGGAGGCAGUGGAGAAAACGACGCCUGGCUGGCCAGACUUCUUGCGCGCAUGCCCCCUCUUUCACUGGUCCGUGAACGAUGUGUGGGUGUACACCAGGCUUAUGUGCAUCCCGCAGUGCAGCCUGUACGAGAGCGGCUACUCGUCAGUGGGCCGAAGUGUAGAUACCAACCGCAACCCGCUCUUGAAGCGGGAUGACGGGAGCUACCGGCCAGCGUGGGAGCUGACGUGCGACACCGCAGAAAGGGAAGGGCGUCAAACCAAAUGA